AUGUACUACAAAGAAAUCUAUCAUCUCUUCUACCAGCACAGCCCGAAGGGAGCUGUGUGGGGCAACAUCGUUUGGACUCAUUCCAUCUCCAAGAACCUCAUCAACUGGGUCGCCCUUAACCCGACCAUCUACCCAUCCAAGCCCUUCGACAUGAAUGGGUGCUGGUCCGAAUCAACCACCAUCCUCCCGGGCAACAAACCUGUCAUCCUCUACACUAGACUCAACCCCCAGAACAGACAGGUCCAAAACUACGUCGUACCCGCUAACCUAUCCGACCCGUAUCUCCGUGAAUGGAUCAAACCCGAUGACAACCCACUUGUGGUUCCCCACCCUGAACAUGAACACGAGCACAUUUCGUGA